UCGACCUGGGAAAGUACAUGGAUAAGAAGAUCUGCGUGAAGUUUACUGGUGGGCGGGAAGUUACGGGAACACUGAAAGGCUACGAUGCGCUCAUGAACUUGGUGCUUGAUGAUGUGGAUGAGGUUGUGCGCGACGAUGAAGGCAACACUUCGGCUCGUCCCCUUGGUCUUGUGGUGGCGAGAGGAACGCUACUGGUUCUUGUAAGCCCUGUCGAUGGUAGCGAGGAGAUAGCGAAUCCGUUUGUGCAGGCGGAGGAAUGAUGAUUCAAUCGAGGAGAGGAAGUCACGAAGAGGUUACGGGAACGCAAAGGGCUGCAGCGAAGUCUGCUUUACAUGAUGGAUCGGUGGGAACAAAAUGGCGACUGCAGAUGCAACCGAUUGCAAAAUGGGAGGAAACACUAAGGGCUUUAGCAUAGAUUUGCAAUGGAGCGAGGAUCGCGAUGAAUGAAAUGUAGAGAUUUGCAU